AUGAUUGGCUGUGAGGACCGUGCUACUCUUCUGAUUGGCUGUUCCUUGUUUCCGGGGCACUCACUGACGUUUCUCGGUCUGCCCCGAGAUAGACGGGAGAGAAUGGCUGCCAGUGGAGAGGUAGGGAAGCUGUCACAAGUACAAAAUGGGACACCUCCAAGCACCAACUACAACGGGGUAGAUGCUGUUCACGCCUGUAACAUCCUUCAGCAGCUCAAAGCCUUGUAUGAUGAAGCACAGCUCACAGACAUCGUCGUAGAAGUGGACCAUGGCAAGACUUUCUCAUGUCACAGAAAUGUCCUUGCAGCCAUCAGCCCAUAUUUUAGGUCCAUGUUCACCAGUGGCCUUACAGAGAGCAGCCAGCGGGAGGUCAGAAUUGUUGGGGUGGAAUCUGAAUCCAUGCACCUCGUACUAGACUAUGCCUACACAUCCAGGGUCACGCUCUCUGAGUCCAAUGUCCAGGCCCUGUUCACUGCAGCCAGCAUUUUCCAGAUUCCUGCCCUGCAGGACCAGUGCGCCCAGUUCAUGAUCAGCAGACUUGACCCCCAGAACUGUAUUGGGGUCUACAUGUUUGCUGACGCCUACGGGCACCAGGAGCUGAGGGAACGCUCGCAGGACUACAUCCGCAAGAAGUUCUUGUGCGUGUCAUGGGAGCAAGAGUUCCUCCAGAUGACCAAGGAGCAGCUGGUAAGCAUUUUGAACAAUGAUGACCUCAACGUGGAGAAGGAAGAGCAUGUCUACGAGAGCAUUGUCCGCUGGUUGGAGCACGAUCUGCCUGGCCGUGAGGCCCACCUAGCUGAGGUUUUUUCCCAAUGCAUCCGUCUGCCCUUGCUGGAGGAGGCCUUCCUCAAUCGGAUACCUGCCCCCUUUGCUUGUGCCCUGUCCCUGUCUAAGGACCCCUCAGAGGCCAAAGCCCGCCUCACUGGAACCAAUGGUUGCCCACAGCGCCUAGGUAUGACUGCUUCUGAGAUGGUCAUCUGCUUUGACGCCGCUCACAAACACUCAGGGAAGAAGCAGACGGUGCCUUGCCUGGACACAGCAACAGGAAGGGUGUUCAAACUCUGCAAACCACCCAAUGAUCUCCGGGAGGUCGGUAUCUUGGUGUCCUCAGACAAUGACAUCUACAUAGCUGGAGGUUACAGACCGAGUAAUAGCGAGGUGUCCAUAGACCACAGGGCAGAGGGCGACUUCUGGCAGUACGAACACGCAGGCAACCGGUGGCUUACACGUGCACCUCUACUCAGAGCGAGGAUAGGCUGCAGGCUUGUGCACUGCUGUGGGAAGCUUUAUGCACUGGGAGGUCGAGUAUAUGAAGGUGAUGGGCGAAAUGCAUUAAAGUCAGUAGAGUGCUACGAUGCCAGGGAUAACUGUUGGACAGCAGUCAGUCCUAUGCCUGUGGCCAUGGAGUUUCACAGUGCUGUGGAGUACAGGGACCGCAUCUAUGUCCUCCAAGGUGAAUAUUUCAUCUGCUACGAUCCCCGUAAGGACUAUUGGAGUCAUCUUGCCCCGAUGAGUAUCCCUCGGAGUCAGGGUCUUGCUGCCUUGUACAAGAACUGCAUCUACUACAUUGCUGGUAUCUGCAGGAACCACCAGCGCACCUUCACCGUGGAGGUCUACGACAUCGAGAAGAACACAUGGAGCCGCAAGAGAGAUCUGCCCUUUGACCAAGCCACAAGCCCGUACAUAAAGGCCAUGCUGCUGCAAGGCAAGCUGCACCUGUUCGUACGAGCCACACAGGUCAUGGUGGAGGAGCAUGUGUUUCGCACGAGCCGCAAGAACUCCCUUUACCAGUAUGAUGAUGAGGCAGACAUAUGGACCAAAGUCUAUGAGACACCUGAUCGCCUCUGGGAUUUGGGUCGCCAUUUUGAAUGUGUGGUGGCCAAACUUUACCCACAAUGUCUACAGAAAGUGCUUUGAGGUAGCUGACUUUGUGAACCCAAACUUUGAGGCAGAGGGAGUAGUGCGGUCCUGCCUGCCUUGUGCCUGGUGUAACCUUGGGUUUGCGCCACAAGGACCAUUUUUGGUUAAGUCUUAAGUCGUUCAAACUUUAGGUUAACAUGAUCAAAAUGGGGGUGCUUUUAAAGAUUGCAGUAUUUUUUAUUUUUAUUUUUUUCCAGGCGGCACCAGCUACCCACACUGAUGCUUAUUUAACAAAACCGUACAAUGAAUCAUAAGUGCAAUUAUCCUAUUUUUUGCUUGUCGUUGAGCCGUGUUUUAUUUUUGUUUUAGAUACUUAUAUAGGUAAGGAUUUUUACAAAUGAUAAGCAUGCAAAUGAGGGUAUUAGUGUGAUAAAAGUGCCCUCUGGAGAUAUGGAUGCUAUGUGUCAGCAUAAAGUGAAAAUCUAUAUAUAUAUAUAUAUAUAUAUAUAAAUAACUAUAUAAACUAUAUAUUCAUACGGGUAAGAUGAGUACCUUAGCUCAUUAGUAGGUUGUUGGCUCUGAGGUUUGUGUGUUGUCCCCCCCCCCCCUCCUUUUCUGUGCUCAAGUCUCUCUUCAGCUUAUUUUAUAGUUGACUUUUAAUUUGAAGUGUGCUUGUGAUUUGCAUUACCUUAGUGUUUUUGAAGCUUGUAUGAUAUUUUUAUGGCCCUCUCUACCUUCAUGUGCGUCAGUGUGUCAAACCAUACACUAUGUGUGGCUUCCGAGCUAUUUUUGAGUUUUGUUUGCGAUUCCAGUUGCAUGGGGGCUGAACCUUCCCACUCUUUGAGUUGGCAUCCAUUUUGUGUCACAUGCAAAGACAACUUUAGUGAAAUGUUCGAGUACUCACUCUCCACAUUGGAGAAAUAAGGACGGAGUCAAAUUUUGUGGCAACACUAAGUGGAACGUUCAGACCAACUAACAGGCUUACCUCAGAAACUCCAGAUAUACUUGAUUAGGAGAAAAGGGACAUUUCAGGCCAUAGUGUUGGUUAAGCGACUGUGUGAAAAGCUCUGUUCAGCAUUGAUUAAAAUGAUUUGAAAAA